UAGAUCCUGGAAGGAAAAUAUAUAAUAUGAAUAGAUACUUAGCUGAUAUGACAUUGCAAUCAUGCUGACGAGAGGAAUAUCAACACUGGCAGUCUCCAUCUUGCUUGCUUCCCAGACUACUAUAUCUUUGGGACAAGCCGUGAGGGGGUGGACCACAAGGAAGGGCUACUUCGCAGGUUUUGCCAACGUCAACACCAUGCAUUGCCACUCGGACAUUCCUGGAGGAGUUGCGGCAGAUGCUGAACACAGAACAGGAAACGUCAGAUCCUGUUAAGGAUAAUGGCGGAGCGGUCUACACUCGAUGGGGUAAAACUGAAUGUCCGUCUGAAACUCAACUAGUAUAUAAAGGAAUAGCUGGAGGAACACAUUACACUGCUAAGGCCGGACCUGCUAAUAUCCUGUGCCUGCCAGACAACCCUGAAUAUGGAAACUACACUCCAGGAUUUCAAUCUGAUGGUGCCAUCUAUGGUACAGAAUAUGAAACCAGUGAUCAUUCCAUCAUUUUCAAACGCCUUCAUGACCAUGACGUUCCCUGUGCCGUGUGCAGAAGUACAACCAAGACAAGCGUCAUCAUGGUGCCUGCCAAGAUGUCCUGUUUUCCUGGGUGGCAUGUAGAGUACACUGGGUAUCUGAUGGGUGGCUAUUAUAAUUAUGCUGCUAGUGAGUAUCUGUGUGUUGAUGGAGAUGCAGAAAAGGAUAGAAGUGGCCUUGAAAACAAGAACGGGCAACUCUUGUGUCUUGUUGAAGGUGUCUGUGGUUCCCUGCCAUGUCCUCCAUACAAGAAUCACUGGGAGUUGAGAUGCACUGUUUGCUCUAAAUAAGGUACAGAUGUGACGCUUCACUUUCGUAUAAGUGAAUAAAGCCAUUUUGGUGCAUCA